AUGGCCACUCUUCGUGAAGUGCCCGCUGGGCAAGAACGAAAUGCGAGGCGUAUGAGGUACAAUGAAAAUGCACGACACAUAGUCAUCAGUUAAAAGUCAAAUUGCAUUGCAGUACAGGCAAGCAGUUAAGGACACGAAAGUGCACAACAACACUACACGGUAAUGAACAAAUUCUCGUCCAAAAAGAUAUUUUCUUCUAUAAUAAUUUGGUUGGGUGGUGUGUUUGUCUCAUCACUAUUCUGGUUACGAAAUAAAAUGCUUUCUUCGUGUUUUGUCUAUCAGGUAAACGCAAGUUGUUGAGUUGUGUUAUUUUCGACCAUUUUUCGCGAUAUGCUUGCCGCUUUUCUCAUUAGCUACAUGACCUCUGAAUUAAAUCUUCUUGAGAAGUAGAUGUGCAGUUUCAAUUCGAGCUUCAUCAGUCUCGUCGCUAAUUUUGAUGAGCGAACGCUUUUUAACUAACGUCCUUGUUUGGCCUAAGCAUUGACUGUAAGAAAAAAAAAUCAACUCAAAACUCAUGCAGCUCUCUUCAGAUCGGACUGCUUUUACGGCUGCCAUUUCCUCGGGCUUUGAGCGCUGAUUGAAGAAAACACAACAACUGAAGAUAGUGGCUUAUGUGCCAGUUUUUUAAUUAUAUAGUUAAAGUUUUUUUUGAAGAAAAAAGACAAGAAAAUAAGCGACGCGGAAAAGUGUGGUUGCGAAAUAAUUAAUCUAAACACUAGCAAUUUUAUUAUUUUGCAAUUAGGACGGAGUUAAGCCACCUACGGCAAAAACGAACUCGUGAACAAUGUCGCCAAAACACACAAAGAAAGCUUAUAGUAGUUCAUUACUUUGGCAUUUUGCACAGAACUUGCAGUCAAAAAUCGCGCAAGUAGUUGUACCCGCGCGUGAAUCUAAAAUGUCUCCAAUAUCUCUUGGGAGAGAGAGAGCUAGUGUCGGCGUUUCCCCGGUGUAAGUGGUGACCACUUAGCUGCGUGAUUUAUUGUACUAGACAUUUGCAGUCGUUGUUGAUCUCAUUACUCUUAUUCCUCCUUCAAGUGUGGGCCCUAUAAACCACAUAGAACACUCAGCAGUUCUUACGAGAGAUUUGAGCCGACAUUUCGUUUAAGUCGAAUAGUCUAGCACCUAGGCAGUGCCCUUGAAAGAUUUUAGAGUUACAGCCAGGUUUAAUCCAACAAGUAGUGUGGAUUGCACUAGAGACGACUCCAACUCUGUUUUAACCCCAUCUUAAGGGAUCUACCAGUGUCUAGCUAAGAGCAAAAUCAAGGUUUAGUGCGCAUGUCACAGAAGCGGACUUUCUAUCGAAACCGAGGAUAUUUUCUUGUUGCGGAAACGAUAUUGCAGCAAUAAUUCCUGAAAGUAUUGACGUACAUCGUAUUUGAAUGACCUAAGGAGUUCCUGUGGCUACGCUUACACAAGUUCUUUUCGACAAAACGUGUCAAGGUAAUUUAUAUCACGCAUUGCCCGUGCAUUCACCGAACUUUACAUAAUGUCGCCAGACCUGGGUUUCAUAUGCUGUGUCGAAGUAUUUCGCGGGCUGUGAUAUAUGAAGACCACUGGGUGAAUCUUGGCCAAAACCAGGCUAGAAACACAAAGAGUCGUUUCCUUGUUUAGAUUCCAGUAUUUGGUGAAACACUUUACUGGUGUAACAACUUUACUUGCUAGACCUAGGUUGAUAAAUUACUGGUAACCGAACGCCCAAUGCAAAUUUUUAAGUCCCUUAAAAACAGAACACAUCUUCUUUGCCAUCCAAAAGGUCGUUAAGCUUUCAAACUUUGGAGAAAAAAUUGAAAAAGAUUGUAAUGCUUCUGAAAUCGGGUCUUAUGUGUUCGUAAGGGGGUUUCAGCUAACGAAAUUUAGCGGUCAACUGUUCCCAUCCGUUCGUUUCGUUUUGUGUUUUUGCUUAGUUUAUUUCAAUGCUUCGUCCUUAGGUUGGCCGAUAUGCACUUUUCUACCAAACUGUUUGUAUCUCUUGUCCUACCGGCUGCCAUCACUAUCAUCGUAAGUUUUUUAUGGCUGAAAAAGAAGAACAAGGAGGCGGAAGAACUUGAGCAGCUUGAAGAAAAACCAGAUGUAAACAGUGAGGGAAGGGAGAAAAUCAUCCCAGGCAAACACAAAGGUGCCUCGAGCGAGAACAGCGAAGUUAGUGAGUUCAAUGUAGAUACGGAAGCUUCAGACUUGCACCAUUUCCGGCUGGAAAAACAGCCAAGCACAACAGAAAGCACACAACAAGAUUACGGGGUAGAAACGAAGCCGUCGACGAGUUCGGAACUCAAAGAAUCGUCGGGCGGAGAAGAAUCAGCUAGCGAGGGAAGUGUUGAUAGUGGCACUCUUUUGAGUUUCACUGAAGGUUUCAAUAAUGGCACUCCACCUCUCGGCGAAGAGAAUGCAAGAUCCCGAAAAAGCUCAGACAACAGCAACAAAGACGUGUGGGAGAUUGAAUUCCCCCAGAUUUUGUGCGGAAGAUUGAUAGGACGGAAAGGCAAAAACGUUCGAGUGAUCUCCGAGAAAUCUGGAGCGAAAAUUCGAUUGAUUCCUCAGUCGCCAGGCGAAGUUUCAACGCAUCGAAUCAUCUCAGUUACAGGAAACGCCACACAGAUUCAAAGUGCGCUAGAUUCUAUUCACGAAAAGUUUCCCUGUGUACCCCUGACAAGGCUCAACUCUGCUGUAAACGGUACAGCAAACGCUGUACACGUUCAGCCCAUGGUGACCGCUGCCAUGCCCGUACAGGCCUUACCUUUCGUUCAAGCUAUGCUUCCGAGCGUUGCUAACUUCGAUGUGGUGGUGACGAGCGUGGCGGAUGCUGGUCACUUUUUCGUGCAGUUGCAUAACGACUUCAUGCAAAGGCAGCUUCAAGACCUUCACCAGAACAUGUUGCAAUGCUACGGACAAGGGACAGCGCCAUUGAUUCUUCCUCUUCCACAACCAAUUGUGGUGGGCUCGUGCUGUGCGGCGCCGGCAUACACCUAUAAUGGCUGGUACAGGGCGCAAGUUCUUGGGCCAACUGGUAAUCCUGACGAAGUAGAGGUUAAAUAUUUGGAUUAUGGAGGAUAUGGAAGGAUUGCUGCGUCGAGUCUCCGACAAUUAAGGUGAGCAAGCGAUUGUGUUACAAAGAUGCAUAUGUGACCUCUGCCAGUCACUUUUUAAUGCUUAGUCAUUUGUUUUGGUUCAAACUUUCGCUAAACCGAAACCUUAGUAUUUUACAGAAAUUAGUUUUACAUUUCUCUUCGGAAAACGCGAAGAAAACUACUCUCCACUUAAUAAUUAUACAGUUGAGACACGAGUAUUUCGCGUAAAGGGCUUACUUAACAUCCCAUGUCUUGUCAAUUCAGUCCGAUAAAAUUAAGCCGAAUAAAACUCAGACAUCGAUAUUGAAAACUUUCUUUACAAAGCUUAGCUAACCCUUUUUAGGCACCGUGUAUUUGAUCGUGUAGGCCUGGAAAGAAAAAGUAAAUAUGGCUCUUCUGCCACGUUCACAUAAACGGCUCCUACUCAUUUCCAUGCUGUUUGAACAUCGACUUCAUUAAGACUAGCGAUUCUAUUUUCUGAGUUUUUUUCCCUGUUUUUGGCAUACUUGAAGGCUGUAAAUACUUCCGUGUCCAUAGAAAGUUUAAAUUUAAUUUUUUUCUUUGGCGGCGUUUCUCGAAAAGAAAGAUACUUAGAUCAAAAUUUCCCACGCCUUCCACAAUUUGGUCCUGAAUAAGUAAUCUUAUGUGCGCGCGUUCUUAAAACACACACCCCCUUGCUCUAUGGUCACGAGUUUAAAGGAGAUAUAUUUUUAUUUAACUCAGAGUUCAUCAGUCUCAAGGUUACGAUAUGCUGGCUUUCAUUUAUGGUGAUUAAUUUUAAAAAAUUCCGUGUUUGCCGGAACAACAUCUCGAAGUUGUGCUUCUUCCAUAACGAUUCGCUUCCUUUCAAAUCGUUUCUCUGUUAGCUGUUUCGUUGUAAUUAAACAGGAACGCAUUUCAACAGGAAAUAUAGCCUUAGAUAUGGUUUCGUUUACGUUUUUUCUCUGGUCUUUGAUCCACUUGUGAUGUAUGACAGGUGGUUUAGAUACCUCUGGUUGAUGACUCCCACUUCAUACUAUUUAAAACAACAGGUCUUCUUCGAUGACAUCGUUUGGCAAAGCCGGCGGAUAAUUACGAUUUUUUUUGAAGAAUUAACUGUGCGUGCUCUGUACACUUUAAUUUUUUUUUGGUAAUCGCCUACGUGUAAACUGCACGUGUGUACGUGUAGACCCUAUAUUUAAUUUAAACAUGAGGAUAUUUGCGAAAGACAAUUCAGUGCUUCCACGACCAAUGAAAUUGAAAUUUCGUGUAUGAUCAGCAGGUAAAUUCUUCGUAGGAUGUUGACAUAUUGUCUGGCAAAUUGCUAAUGAGAAUGAAGAUAAUUAUCAGCCAGGGGAAACUGAUUAACAUCAAAUUCUCAGCAAUAGCCUGCUUGGAUACUUAUAAAAUUAUAUUGGGAGAAUAAUGUUUCCGAUCGUGGACGUUGAAGGCUAUGCAACAUUAAGUAGGGAGUGUAAAAGAAAUGUUUCCUUAACUAAUCUGCAAAGUUUGUACGGGUUUGAAUGGCUGUCAAAAUCAAUGAAUGCUAGACAGAUGUGGUCACAUAAAGUGUAGAAUAAUAUACUUUUCAUAGUCUUAAACCUUUGGUUCACCAGUAAGAAGAGAGAAAAUAGCAUAAGCGCUAAAAAUUUUUCUCUUAUGAAGACCUAGUGCUGAAAACGUUUGUUUUUUACUUUUUUAAAUUAAAUUUUCGCCUUGCAAUGAAAUAGCUCAUUUUAAAACCUAGGAGAAUUUCAUGGAUGAAACUCAAGACUUUCCAAUAAUUCUAAUUCCUGUUUUAUUUCUUGUGCCAUAAAUUUAAUUAUCAAGUUAAAAAAGAAAGACGAAAAGUGGCGUGCAAGCCCAUGAGAAGCCGCAGGACUUUUACAUGAUGGGCUUCCUCUACUAAAUAUUAUAAUCACAGUUUAAAUGUAGAAAAGAAGCGAAUCACUGGCGAGGAGAAAAAUUGAGCGGAGCUAAAACGUAAUUUGUAAGUCUUUUUUAUAGGUAUAAAGCAUAAUUACUCUGAAAACAAAAUUAAACAAUAAAAAUCGAAAAGAGCGAGAAAAAAAUAAUAAAAUACAUAUUGAUAUAUAAUUGUACAGAAUAUGCUAAGUUUGUGAUGGGAGGGAUGCUUCCAGUAUCAACGUGAAAAAGUCAAUACUAGAAACAUUUUGAAUUUCAAAUCACUUAGCUGCAGCAUAAAUCAUAGUCAAGAAAGUGUCAUGGCGUCAUAGUAGAGAACAACUCGGAAGUCAGAGAGGGAACGAAACUUUUCGUGUUUGAGAGCCUUACAUCUUGACGUAGGUUUGCUAAAACACGUACUUGCUAUUAAUUAAAAUUCGAGAAUUGAAGGUAAGGUGGGGGCGGGUUUAUUUGUUUUGUUUUUUGUUUUGCUUUUUCCUUCCCGAAACUGCCGCCUUUUUUCCGCUUUAAUUUGCAGUAUUAUAUUUUGGGCUAAAAAAAGGCUUCACACCGGAAUUUAGAUUCGUAGGUAAUUUUUUUUGAGAUAGUUGACCAGUGCGAGAUAAAACUGUCAAUUUUUUCAUUUGAUAGUAGCUGACGCGGAAGAAUUGUCGCCACGGCAUGAGCUCAAGUUCAAUCUCAACGCAUACAACAAGCAUUGUUUAAGAAGGAUGUGUAUAUUUGUCUAAUUACUUAGGACUAAAAAUAAAGGGACGUUUCUCUAUUGAAGAUCCUUCACACUUCCACUUCAAUUUCUGACGUAUGCAUGACGUCACGGGUUUAAACCAUUGAUUAGGAUGCUGAGUGAGGGGGGGGGGAAGGGAAGAGAUGUUCUAUUGACAAUCCCGCCUUUCUAGGGUCCAGUUUUUUUCAUGGGUGAUAUGGUAAACCUUUCUUAAUGCGUUUUCUUUAAUCUGUCAUCUAGUAUCUAUUGACUCGUUUGUUCUGUCUGUCAGCCUUCAACCUAGGUUUAACAUUGAAAAUCAGUAUCCUUUGAAAGUUUUACUUUUAUUUUAUUUACUUUUUAUAAAAUUAAUAUUUUAUUGGUAGGUGUGCGCACAUCUCUCAUGAUAGUAUCAUCAUGGUUGAUGGAUUACUUACAUUAAUAUAUUUAAACUCUUUAAGAGGGUGUGACAUUGGAUAUUUAAACUCUUUAAAAAGAUGUAUGGAAUUCAUUCAUCAGUUUGACUUUUGGUAAAGUUUUUGUCUUUCUGCUAUCUUUGUGGAAGGUUUUGAUGAAAUUAUCUUUGGUUCCUUUUCGCCUUUCUAUCUUAUCAUUAUUAUUAUUACUAUCAUUAUUAUUAUCUUUAUUAGCUCUGUUAAUAAUAUGAUCGUUAUUUUGUAUCUUUCGUGUUAAACCGCGCCGAGCUACUACCCACCAACCCCACAAAAAAAAUUUGGACAGCUUCUAUAAAUCACGUCCUAUGUAGGUAAAUUCUUUACAAACAGAUUUGAGAAUAUGGGAAAAUUUCCACUUGUUAAUGUUGUUGUUUUAAUUUUCAGGGCUGAUUUUCUGACGCUGCCUUUUCAAGCUAUCGAAUGCUACCUUGCUAACGUGAUCCCACUUCAAGGUUGGUGGUAUUCAUGCGUAGUCAGUUGAAGUCAGUGGAACAUAAUUCCAGCACUAUCCCUAAAAAUCCAAUACCAUCAGAUGAAAGAAAAUUAUCUGCUAGGGAAAACUGAGUGAUCUAACACCUAAUUCCCAGACCUUCAAUCUAACAAUCUUUGACAAAAAGCUAGAAGAAUUGCUAUUAAGAACUUGGGAGUAAGAGAAUGAAUUUUUUUUCUCUUUUACUCUUUUCUUCCCUUACUGUACAGGUUAUCAUGUACUAACUAACUUAUAACCAUUUUCAGGAGACACGUUUUCAAGCGUGGCCGGUGCGGUUUUGGAGGAUUUAACAAUGAAUGCUGUGUUAACUGCCCGCGUUGUUGGUCACAGAAGCGGUUUGCCAUGCUUGGAACUGUACCUUGUGCAAGGACAGCAGGUACACACUUAGUGUGAUCUGAUGAGUUACUCUCCCUCGGAGCCAAUUCUUAUUUCUUUGCAAUUUAGUUGGGAGAAAUUGUUGUCAAAUCAAGAUAACUUCCUUUGGCUGACGACAUAAUUUAUUCGGAAAACUUUUUUUACCAGACAAUAAAUUAAAAUUUCGAGGAUAAAUUAGACGUUUUUCACUUGUCGAAGUCUAAAGAUAACGUUUAAAACUAGAACCUGAGUGCGCCAAGAAAACCCCAUGCUUCAUAUUGUAUCUCUGGCAUAUGCGUUUGUUUUCAUUCUUUAAAUACUGGAAGUUUUUGUUUGUUGGUCUGUUUUUGUUGUUGUUAUUUUCUAACGUCUCAGUUUUUUCAACACAACUGCUUUUCUACAAUGACAGUCACUUUAACAAUGGAGGAAGGGGUUAUGGGUAAAAUGCUUUAGCACAAUCCACCCUUCUCCAAUAGCGAGUGGUUUAUUUACCAUAUCAAUCUCAAAUCAACACGACUCAAAUUCUGAUCAGAUUGUCAGACUUAUCGACAUACCGACUGACCAACAAACCGACCGAGCGUCAAACAGACAGAAAGACAGACAGAAAGAAAGACAGGCAGAUACAUAGACAGAAAGACAGACAAACAGAAAGACAGACAGAUCGACAGACAGAAAGACAAACAGAUCGACAGACAGACAGACCCAAGUUACUAACGACUGACUUAUGGCAAGCUGGUCAAUCAUUAAAUGUUUCACUUGAGUAAUGCAUUCACUGAUAAAGUUAUCUGAAUGAAUUUUGUUUAACUUUUCAGACAAUCCUGAUAAACCGAGAGCUGGUAAGCCGAGGCUUAGCUCGGUGGGCGGAAACUUGAGGAACAGGGCACAAUGAGCUACGCGACAUUACCUUAUCCAUCGGUUGGAGCUGUUAACUGCGUGUUGGGCAUAAUCAGUAAUUGUCUCCGAUGAAUACCGUGGGGAACCAGCAGUUUUAUUUGGUUGGAAUAUUUGGAAUUUUGAUAUGGUAUGAAUGGGAGAAUAUGAAAUAAAUGAAUGGAAAAUUGGGGACGUAGAUAAGAACCUCAUGGAAAAAAUUGUGUUACGAAAGAAACUACUUCGAUAUCGCCUGAAAAUAUCUUCGGUAGAUGGCGUAAAUUUAUUGUACAGUGUAGAGGUGUAUAAUAUUGUUAAUAUGCCUUAUUUACCUUCAAAAUGAAGGAGUUUUUACUACUUGACAAAGUCGUUGCUUUAUGAGUUCUUUCGUACCGAAAGGCUACCUGUACAAACGGUAGGUUAUUUUUGGAGAUUUCCAGAGAUGGCCACACGCCUAAAAUAUGUAUUUUGCCUCACAAUGUCAUUCGUUCUCUCGAUUUUCCAUUUUAAAAUUGAAUUAUAUACGAUUUAUUUUAUGAAAUUCACUUAUUAUUAACGCCUUGAUAAAAAUAUCUACACGCACGAUAUAAUCAGUAGAGUAUUUUAUUAGAGAAAAAUGGCAGUGAUAUUUUAGCCAAAUUAAAUUAUAUUUACGGUAUUAAUACAAUUACACUAUAAGCUAUAGUUAUAUUAAUAUAUUAAAAUAAAUGGGUAAUGUUUUAUUUAGGCCAGUCCAAGUACUGCUUCUAUUAACAGAUGGGAAGUCUGCUCGACUUAAAAAUUUUAAUUACAAACGACCAAACUGCGAACAGUCAAGGUUGUGGUUCAUUGAAAAUGUUAAGAUUUCUGUAAUUACCACAUGAAAAUCUUUAAAGCUUUAUCAAAAUUUAGGAACAUUUUUUUAAUUGUUUGCUUUUCCAUUUAUUAGGACUAGAGAUCUAAUAUUUGUGAUAUCUUUGAACGUCAUAGCUUCGCGGCCAAUUUCCGCCAAUCAUAAUUCAGUCAUGUUGCAUUUUUAACAGCCCUUGUAAGUUUUAUUGCUGGUUUCCAAUCCAACAGUGAUCUCAAAAGCUGCACUGAAAAGGCUCCUAAUUCGAGAAAUGAAUGACCUUGAAAACCAGGUCAUCUAAAGCAGAGCUGUCAGAAAUAGAGACUUUCCCUUACACGACCUUUUUAAAGAGCUGCGUAAUAAAGAAUAUCGAACGUUAUUAUCGAGUAAGAAUUUUUUUGGAAACUUUUUGCUGUGAAGGUGAAUAUUACAGUAGCACAGUUAGAAGGAAUUAAGUCAGUCCACCUGUAACGUGGAACCUUGAAAUCAAUUUAAAAGCUACUCGCAUAUCUACUGAGUUUUCAGUAACCGUGGAGUCAUCAUUUCUUUUGUUAAACAAAAGUCUGAGAAAUUUUUUUUAGUUCAAAUGAACACGUUUUUUUAAUUACCGAGGAUUUAAAAAGCAAUUUAAGAGCCAUUUUUUUGAAAAUCAAAAUGGAAUAAAAUUUAACAAAGCUCAGAAGCCGCACCCUUUAGGUGGGUGUACACUCUGGUAAACACAAUUAAACUAAGUCACUUUUUCAAUCACCAAGGAUUUAAAAAGCAAUUUAAGAGUCAAUUUUUUUUAAAAUCAAAAUGGAAUAACAUUUUACAAAGCUUAAAAGCCGCACCCUUUAGGUGGGUGUACACUCUGGUAAACACAAUUAAAUUAAAUCAACUUCAUUACCAAAAUUAUCGUGUAAGAUAAAAAAUGUUCGAAAAACUUCAAGUAAGUGAAAAACAAUGCUUUUAAAUUUGUCACAUAAGCGUGAUACUCUUUUCAUUGAAGGAGAGCUGGUGUAGUCACUAGCAUUAAAGGCUCACCACUUUAGGAGGAUUUAAGCAAUCAAGCUUUGAGGAAAUAUCCUGUAAAAUGAGCUUUCAACAGAUUUAGUUGUAUGCGAUAAAUAAUUCUCUUUCUUUUUUCUAUUUCUAGAUGUUUUUCCAAAGGUUGCCUGAUUAUUAAGAGUUUACCUUGCAAAAUUGUUAACCUUUAGAAUAACUUGCGUUUGCCACGGUGAUAGCUGUCACUCAAAGUUGCCCUCCGAUAAGUAAAGAUUUUGGAAAGAUUGCUACCUUACAGCGACUGAAGACAUAUGCACAGAAACGGGAUUCUAAAAAGAAUUUGUCUCGCUCUUUUAAUUUUUCAAUACGAUUUGUUUUUAAUUUGUUUGUUUGUUUAUUUAUUUUUUUUUCCACUUCAGUUUGUAUAUCAUCACACCACUUUUUCUACGGUACGAUAGUCAGUGUGUCGAUCACCAAAUUAUUGUAAAUUCGUUCUCUAUAAUUUUCGCUUUAGCACUCUCUUGCCAUCAUUUGUAUUUAUCUACUCACAAACAUAAUUUUGUUGACACUCGUUACUUCUUGUGUACUCGUGCAUUAUUUUCUCGAGUGUUAUUUUGACUCGUGUGCAUCGCUGUCUUUAACUCCUGUUCAAUAAUUUGGACUUGUGUACUUUUUUCAACUCUCUUGUAAUCACAGUGUAUUCGACUCUUGAGUACCUUCAUUUGCUCUUGUGCAUCAUUUUCCAAUUGUUAUUACUUUCGUCAACUCCCCGGCUUGCGCACUCUCGUUGGCUCUUGGGCACCCUCGUCGACCUGUCAUGUACUCGUUUACGUUCUGGCAACACUUUUCUUUCUGUUGGUCGAUUCUGAUGUGCACCUUUAAUGGUAGUUGUGUGCUUUCGACAACCAUCAUUUACUCUAGUGGAUUCUAGUUCAUUCUGAAGAAUUGCAAUGAAACUUUCAAAGACUCCUAAAAUUUCCAAAAUUUCGUUUUAUCUAGUGUUUAAUAGAGCCUUUUCAAUACACUCUGUUAGCAAGAUGGCGUAAUAAAAUAAUCAAAAAGGUCAUUGUAGUAUAGAAGAAAUUCACGAGACUCUAUAAGAAUGGAGGACGGUGGAAUAAAAACAAAAAAUGCUGCCGCUAUUUAUCAAUGCUUAAAUUAGUGAGAAUCCUUUUUCAAUUUUUCUGUUAUUGUUUGCUAUGAGACAUUUAUUUUUCCUUCAUGUUAUAAGUGCCUUAGUCGAGACAGAUCUUAAUUUUAAAACGUAAGUACUUUAGUGAAUCGCUGAAUAAAUGAAAGUAUUAAGAAUGAAGUGUAAACAAUAUUUUAAAGAACUUGUUAUUUAAGAAUAUUAAUUUAAAAUUAAUAAUUUAAUUAUAAAUAAAUGAUAAUUUAAAAUGUAAUGUGUUGUUAAACUGCAGGGAAGCUAAAAUAAAUAAACGGUUGGAAGUGAGAACUUGUCGGAAACCAGUCUUUACUAAUCCAGUUAGCCUCCCUGGAAGCUGCUAAAUGGAACAGUGUACUAUAUGUCUUGUGACAUUUCCAAAAAUGGAAAGUUUUAUCUCAGUUUGGUAGGGAGGGGGAGUAGUCUUCUCUGACUACCACGAGAUUGUUUACCAGAAGAUGUCGCAAAAUACUCUUUUAGGUGACAGAAAAUCGUUUUAGAGGCGUUAGGGUAGUCCUUCAUCGAUUUCACUCAUGCGAUAUACCAAACAGAUUUUUGGGUAAUUUUGUUUCUAAGUAAGCGAUUCAAAUGAAAGAAAUCUUUGCCAUAAAUAUCAAAGCUAGGGUUCCCAUCAUUUUUCAGAUCGGUAACCUAAGUAAUAAGUAUACGACUAGCAGCCCCUUCCCCUCCCCCUUCCCACACACACUUUCCCCAUCGAAAAGACUGAAUUCUGUGUGCAAUAAGAGCGGUUUGAACUAUUGUGUUGUGGUUUUUUUUUUAUUUUUAAAAUAAUCCAUAGUAUAUCGGCGAAUUUGCUCCGUCUCCUAGUGGUUAUACCAUGCGCGAUGUUGGUGAAAAUUCCGAGCCGCCUAAGAAGUGUUUCAGUGUUACCGGCCUCCUCAUUUUACCUACAGUCUCUGUUGGAGCCUCGCGGGAGUCCUGAAUGUUUUGAAGUUAUAUUUUAAUUAAAAAGACGACUUAAUUUUCACCUAGGACAAAGUAAAUUAUUACUUCAUCAGUUUUCUUAGUUUUAGCGUUCACAGUCAGAGAAUUUCGGGUUCUGAAAGUUGAACGAUUUGUUGAUUAUGUAGAACCAUUCAUUUGGCAUUUAUUUUUUCAUACCUUGGAACGAUUUCCACAUUUCCAUAAUAAUUUAAAAUGCUGGAGUACAAGCAAUGAAACUUUUUCCAAAAAAUUUUGCUUCGAAGCGAAGCUAAGAGUACUGUAGCUAUCAAACGGGAAUAGAAAAGCCAGGAGGCGGGCGAGUUGUUUUUUCAUACCCGCUAACUUCCGCGCAUCAUUUAUCAGCCAGCGGGAGUCGUCGCGCAUCAGUGACGCUUUAUACAUGGUGUAAGCACGUGGCUAAAUAUUUCUAAAUUUGCAUUGUAAAUCGUUGCGUGAGGUACGUAAUGUUUUUAAUUUUACUGAGUCAAUAUUAUCUAUUUUUCCCCGAGGUAAUAAAAAGAAGAGGUAUUUCCCUAGCUGUAAAUUCGCGCUUAUGGACGCAGAGACGAUAUACCUCGUGGUUAUCAAAGGAUUACACAAACCAACAAACUUAACAGUCAAAUAAUAUUAACAUAGAUUCGUUGAUAAACAGUGAUUCGAUCGAGUUUAAUGACACUGCUUUAGAGAAGCCUUUUGUCUGAGCAAACACGAUGAUCAAUCGUUGUCAAUAAUGCGAAGCUCUCUUUUGUCGCAAAGAUUUGUUGCUAAUAAAGUGAACGGAAACUAAUCUUGUAUUAAUGACUGUCAAAAACAAGCUAUUCUUUUAAAAGUGAGCAAAACUACCAGUUUACACCCGAAAAAAGUGUACGAUAAAGAUCUAUACCGUGCCUUAAAGUUUGAGGUGGAAAGCAAACAGUUUGAGGAUGCUAUAACGAAGUAAACGAGGCGUUGAAAAACAAUUUACCGAAAGUGAGAAGAGCGGUUUCGUUCAACCUGCUGAACACCUAAGACAAUGAGUAAAGAAAAUUAUGUUAUGUUAAAAUGAUUCGACAUCCUUUCUUUCUAUACUGAAUUUGCAUUUCUCGCUCAGGUAACAAAGACCCAUGAAAUUGUCUAAAUACCUGGCGCGAUUGGUUCGUUGUGUGUGUUAAUUAUUUAAGCUGUUAAUUGCACUUUAUUCGGCUUAUCAACCUCUUCACGUCACAAAGGCAAGCUUCGCUGAACUGCCAUGAAAUAUUAAUGUCCUAGAGCAUUUGAACCGUCGCUUCUUAGUGAUAAAACGCUAUUUUGGGUAUACAGAUGUUUGUUGGCCUAGCUACAAGCAAUUGCGAAUCGCGUUUUCCUAUCAAUCAUCCUCUGUCGCAAGCGAAGGUAUAGAAGAUGAGGAUUUUUGUGCUGUUCGACGGAAUCAGACAUUUACUAGACGUUGAAGUUGGGCAAACGGUGAGCGAGAUAAAAGGCACUCUUCGAAAGAAACUCGAUUUAGAUACGGUGCAAAGCGAAGAUAGCGAGAACGACAUGCUUAUGGCGAUUAAUUACGCGGGAUCCAAUUUAGAAGACGAUUGGGUUUUCACGGAUAUUAGUAUUCCACCGGGUGCAACACUGAGAUGCGAACUGCUAGAAAAUGUCAAAACUUAUCUUAGUGUCACCUGUUCGCAUUUCAACGAAACACUUAAGUUUACAGAAUGGUUUGACGUUUGGGAGACAAAAGUGGGACAUUUUAAAACAAUGAUUACAGAGAAGACAGGGUUACACGUCAGCGUGUUUCGCCUCGUUUCUUCAGAGGGAAAAGAGAUGUACGAUUGCCACCCAUUGAAGAAAUAUUCUGUCGAUUACGGUGACACGAUUCGUUUGGAGACAUGGAAUGGCUGGGGUGCGUUCCUAAAAUCUGCUACGUCAGGGCAGUUAACUCCGACCAUAAAACACAUGGUUAGUAUUCAUGAUGAUCCAUUGGUAUUUAAGUACCAGCUUCGGGUAGCGCUGUUCAUCGCGGCUCAUUUCAAUUACACGCAACUCGCCACUCAACUGAUCAAGAGCGGGGCGAGAUGCGAUGAACCUGUCGGAGAGCACCCAGUGCGAGAGUGGUGCAACAAGGAAGUGCAUCCUGAUCAUAUAAAGACUCCAGUUCACGAGGCCGCACAACACGGCAGCCUUAAUUGUCUACAGAAAUUUAUCCAUCACAAUUACGCCUGCAUCCUUGCCAAGGACGCACACGGUCUGACACCGUGUAAUAUGGCACGAAGGUACAAGCAAACUGAGUGUUUUAAGCUGCUUAUUGCUGAGCAGUUCCGCUCUCGAAGUACAUGCGGUUUGACGUUGGGAAUAUACUGGCGCGUGCGAAAAUGGUGUGAACGCGCUCGGGAUAGGGCUAUUGUCUUUCAUAAGCAUUCCCCUAAUCCCCUUCUGUUGGCAAUGGAAAAUAGAAUGUACCGAAGUGCCGUGGUUGGGCAAAAGGUUCAAGUUGACGGCUUCGGGGAAAAUAUGCAAAGUGGCACCUCAAAGAUACAGCUCUCUUUGGCACUCAAGAGUGUGAAAAAUAAGCCAACGGCAGGUGGACAAAGUAAUACAAGUUUGAGAUCAAUACUCAGUGACAAAAAUGGUAAUUCCUCAGGAAGUAGCGAAAUUUUGAGUCUUCGUGAAAACGGCGAAAAAGACGACAGAGCCGAUUCAGGAAACUGUUCAAGUGGAUCGAGCGAAGAAUCGAACAGCGACCGAGCGACUUGUGUGGAUUGCUUGCUACCGUCUGUUUCGAAACAGCGUAGCCAUAGCGAUAUUUCGAAACUGGAAACAUCCAUAAAACACAAGUUGCAAAUUAAGAAUGCGAAUCAAGAAAGACGCACAGCGAAUCAACGUAAAGCGUACAGAUGGAAAGAGAGAGAAGACAACGAAAUCUUAUGCUUCUGUCAGUCGUCGAAACAUCACAAGGAUAAACAAACCGGCAGUGAAACAAAAAACGAUCAGCGUGAGAGCAUGCCACUGAUUUCGACAAACACAAGCCUGGUCGGAGUAAACAAAAGCGAUAAAAAUAUUGAUAUAGAAGUUAUCGAUGAAUUGGGAAACCGAAGUGCUCAUGACUUUUUCGUCACGCAAGGGGUUGCGGUGAGCUCGCAAAAACGGCCUAUUGAGGCAGAAAAUACUCUAAAAGAAGAAACAAACAAAUCAGUUGAUCGAAUACCGCCUAUUAAACUGCCUGGUGGUAAUUCAAGUUUAAAUCAUACGAGAACAGAGGACAUCCCCUCGACAACAAAAUCGGCGAAGAGUUCUAAAAGCGACGGCGUGCUUAUCAAGCAACGCCGUAGAACUCGGUCUCUUAAUUCGACGCCUAAACGCCUUCACAGCGCAAACCAACGUCGUCGAGCAACCUCUAGCGAGGAUUUGAGCCUGCAGUUGACUCGCAUGUACAGCAAAGUCACCGGACAAGAUAUGCACGAAGCGGCGAAGGAAAGCAUGGGUGUUGCAAUGACUUUUAGGAAGAAACGGUGGUUGCAGCAAGUUCACAUGGCAAUCGAGCUUAACAAUAACAAUUUUAACAGACAGCUUCACGGGUACAAAGGAAAGAACGGAGCGGGCCAUGUUUCUUAA